GGGCUCUUAGAAGGAGUUUGUAAAACACUUUCUUUGGAGUCGGUCGGCUCGGAAAGGGGCUGUCUUUGCGCGGGAGCGGAAGGUGGGGGCGCGAGUGCUCUCCGGUACAACCGGCAUCUUGGUGCCGACCUUUUACCUUGCAAGGUUUGUGCAGCUCUUGUAGGAAGGCGGGAGAAAACCCCACGACCCAUCCAAAAAGCCCCAGCGAGUAACGGCUUCAGCCCCCACAAAGGACAGGCAAGGAACGUCUCUAGAGAUACAGUGGGUAUCUCUUGCCAGCUGCUUGCAGCAGGGAGGAGCAAACUCGCAAAGGGAGAUAGAUAACGUCCUUCAGCCUUUGUUCGGAGAUAAUCUUGUUCGUUCUGGCAGCAGGCUCUAGGAAGGGUUCUGUACUUUUAAGAAGGCAUUUCUCUUAGCGUCAGGGUAAGGGACCUAGCCGUGCAUGCAUCCUACCUCUUUUUCUAACCUGAGGCUCUUGUGACGCUUUACCAAGGGAAGCAGCUAAUUACACUCGUUUUACAUGUAGGGAAACUGCAGUCCUGAGAAUAGAGUUCAUUGCCCCAGGCUACACAGCUCAUCAGUGGGAGAAAAGCUGAAACUCACCCGCUGGUGCUUGAGUCUACUGCUGCUUGUGUGCGUGGAACGAUUCUCUGCUAGUGUAAUUCCGUUUUUAUUUUACUUCUGCUGUUCUUACGCAGUGUUCUUCCUGCACUUCACUGCUUUAAGAUCUGUUGCCUGCUGUGUGUGCAGAUCUGAGCUGUUACUUUUUUUUUUUUUUCCUGUAGAAGCUCUAAAUAAGAGCUCUUUGCUUACCUUUCUGCCCACCUGCCAAAGAGCAGGUAUCUUUCAGCAGUCAUGUUCCACGGAGGUGAAACUGAGUGACUCAAAGUUAGCUGGCCCGGAUUCAGACUGACAGCAUAGUCGAGAUGCUCCGUGAGCUAUACCCUGAUCUCCGCUUUGAGAUCGUUGCCAUGUCAACGACCGGAGACAAGAUCUUGGACACAGCGCUUUCCAAGAUCGGGGAGAAGAGCCUCUUCACCAAAGAGCUGGAAAAUGCACUUGAAAGAAAUGAAGUUGACCUUGUGGUUCACUCCUUGAAGGACCUGCCAACUUCUCUUCCUCCUGGCUUUACCAUUGGCGCUGUCUGCAAAAGGGAGAAUCCGCUUGAUGCUGUUGUCUUUCAUCCCAAAAACUGUGGGAAAACUCUGAGCCUCCUUCCUGAAAAGAGCGUGAUUGGAACCAGCUCGCUUCGGAGAGCAGCCCAGCUCAAAAAGAAGUUCCCUCAGUUAGAAUUCAGGGAUAUUAGAGGGAAUUUAAAUACCCGCUUGAAGAAGCUAGAUGAGAAGGAAGACUUCAGUGCCAUCAUCCUGGCUGCUGCCGGGCUGAAGAGGAUGGGCUGGGAGAAUCGCAUUGGCCAGCUCCUAAGCCCUGAAGAUUGUCUGUAUGCCGUUGGACAGGGUGCCUUAGCAGUGGAAGUUCGUGCCAAAGACCAAGAGAUACUGAAUAUGGUAUCUGCUCUGCACGAUGUAGACACUGUGUUAUGCUGCAUUGCUGAGAGAGCCUUUAUGAAACGUUUGGAGGGUGGAUGUAGCGUCCCUGUCGCUGUCAACACGAUGCUGAAAGAUGGCCAGUUGUAUUUGACGGGAGCAGUUUACAGUCUGGAUGGAUCUGAUAGCCUGAAGGAGACUAUGCAGACCAGUGUCAAUUAUCCCCAAAGGAAUGAAGAUGGACCAAAUGAUGAUGUGCAGCACGUUGGCAUCACAGCCAAGAAUGUCCCCGGUCAGGCCCAGGAAGCUGCAGAGAACCUUGGUGUUGAACUAGCUAGUUUACUUCUGAGUAAGGGAGCUAAGCAUAUCCUUAGUGUGGCAAGGCAGCUCAACGAUGCCCGCUAAACCUGUGGUGUGGUUGGCACGAUUGCUGCAAGUCUAGUGAGUCUUUGCAGCCACACUGUUGUCCUCCUUUGGAGGAAGGGGUUUAUUUAAAUGUUCACACUGGUCUUUGUUUGGGCACAAAAACUUGAAAUACUAAGUUAACUAAUUUAAGUCACAUAUGCUGUUGAGGGUUUGCAUCCCUCUCUGCAUUUCUUUAAAUUGCAAAAGUGUUUCUAUUAAGUUCUUUGAACAAUUCUUGUACUUAGGAAGGUUAAAAAAAAUAAACAAUCUGUAAGGGCUCUA